UCAGAGUUGUCUAUAGUGAAGGUGAGGUGAAAAUGCUGUUGCUUAAAGGAUAGGAAAGUGGAUAUCGUUUCAGUUUAUCUACUUGCAGAUAGGCUUCUUAGAAGUUGGAACCCUCUGUAAGUUACAGUUAGGGAACUUGAAGCCAUGAUUGUAAUUUAAUAUGAUUAGAUGCUAUUGCUAGCACCAGAACAAUUAAACACGUUCCUCUACAUUUAUAAAAGAUAAUUGAUCCUUCUAAAGUAGAUGCUUUGAGAAUUUGCUAAGUUCAUGAGUUUGAAAUAAUAAAGCCAAAUAAUCUCUCAACUACCAUGGACUGUGGUGGACCUAAUAAUCCUUCUGUGCUGGUAUUUUGAACUUUGAAUUCCGUUUGGCCAUAAAUAUUUUAGAUAGUUUACCAGAAAAGAACCUUUUAGAUGGUUAAUUGUUUAAAUCGUGUUUUCCCCCUUGUCUCUCCAACAAAGAAGUAUAAGAAGCUAUAUUCCCAAAUGUGCUUGGACUCGGCAAACUAUCCUAUUCAGAGGGAAUAUUGACUUGAAUUGUGGAAGCUUUAUUUUUCCCCACCAUCAGUCAUGUCCAUCCCUUGAUUCGUUUAGGUUGUUCAAUCAUUUUAUCUUUUGGUGCUUGUACAUUGAUUAAGUCCAGAUUGGCUAAGCAUAGUCUGCAGAAAAUGCAGAGGAAAAUUUUGAGUGGUAGAGACAGAAUAACAUGCCAAAAUUACCAGGUUUUCCAAAACUUCAUCAAUGUAAAGGUUGGGUGGAUGCUUGAACAUUUAAUUUCCAAUUUCAGAUACAUAGCAGAGACAGCUAUACAGCUACCCAUGUGGAGUAGUGUUCAUUCAUUACAUACCUACUUCCCUUAUCCCCACCCAAUAAUGGAGAUUCCUCUGAACCCCCACCAUCCACAAUUUGUGAUUUGCAGGAAAUCCAUUCCUUCUGUUGACCCCAAUUGUGAACUGUGUUUGUAUGUCAGUUUUAUUGUCUACAGUGUCACUCAGAUAUCCUCUCCAAAAUAUUUCAGAACUGUAAUGGAUUGCUGACCCCAUAUGGUAUUGAUGGGAAGAAACCCCAAUCCCAACACAGACAAGCAUCUGGAUGAGCUAACAGGACAGGAAAGCUGACCAUUUUGCUGAGAUCUCAAUGGCCCCAAAAAAGCCUUCAGUUCUAACUUUUUGUGGUAAAGCAAAUUUGUCCAGCUCGACCCGCAUCCAGUUGAAGCAUAAAGAGAUCAACACCCGACACAAUUAUACACAGCGAAGAAGACACUAAAGGCAUAAAGUAGUACAAUAUUCGUCAACCAUCUUGACGUUGCCCUGUUAUACCUUUAUCCUUCUGAUAUAAAACGUGAUGAGAGUAGAAUUGACAAUCAAGACAACAGCCAAGGUGGGCUCUGAAGUCUCUCAACUGCAAUUCUAGCUCCAGCCAUGCCCAUGAAACGCGUUCAGAGAAAUGAUAAAAUAACAAAGGGGAAUCUUGUGAAGCCCAGUAAACCAUCAAUGCUUUGACUUUAAUCCAUAAAUUAACCAAGUCUAAAGAUGGGUUUUCAUUUUCCAACACCUUCCUGGUCCCUUCACUUUUCUUUUAACAAAAGUUGUUUUGGGGAUUAGUUACAAAGUAAAAGGAGUGCUGGAUACUCAUAAAAAUUUGAGCUUUAAGGUUUAGACUUGAUGGCAAGUACAAGCUUUGAAGAUUGGAUUUCAGAGAGAGAAACUUUAUGCUUUUUUAAUGGCUACUUGGGCAGAGACCAGAGAGAGAGAAACUGAGAAAGAGAUAAAGAAAUGCAGAAGCCAACUAAUCUUUCUAGUGCGCUUUUGGGGUCCAUCUUAAGUGCAUUGGGAGCUGGAUACGGCGUGUUUUGAGUGACGUGGCGUUCCAAGCAAGAAUCCUGCUCCUAGUUGCAUGGUGCCCUCGUCUCUGCAGACUCUGCCUGGAGCUGUUGGGACCUCCCUCCCUCAGACUCAUCAGUCCAAUCCCUUAUCCCUCUCAUGUUCCUGUGAUUUUUUUUCUCUCUUCACAACCUACCACUCCAUCUUUUUCCAACUAAAAUCAGAUGUAAAUUCUAAAUUCUCUUACUUUCAAGCUCAUGCCAAUCAAAGAGAUUUGGGAGAUAAACAGAGAAUUGACGAUAGCAUUCCAACUACUUUUUCUUCUUCUCGCAAUGCAAUCAAGAGGGGCUCAAGAAAUUUCCUGCAGCCCCAAGCUCUCUGCAAUGCUUAGUGUUCUUAAUCAUAAGCUCCGACGCCUCUGCUCAAAACUACGGUGGCCAGUUCGGUGGCGUUCCAAGUCAAAAGUCGUAAUCAGGAAGUUCGGAAAUUCAGACUCGAAAUUUCAGGCGCCUAAAGAAGAAUCCAACACCAGUGGGUCAAUGAUCCGUGUAAAUGGCCAGAUGGGUAGUUGUAAAUCUGAAAGGCCAAUUCGAAUUGCGACUUUCAAUGCUGCCAUGUUCUCCAUGGCUCCUGCUGUCCUGAAGGCUGAGAAAACGAUUGUCUUUGACUAUGGAGAAGAAGAUUACAUGAAGGUUAAGCAUGUUGUGGAGGUUGAUAUCAGAGCGAAGUCUGUUAAUGAUCGACCCAAGAGUAUACUUAAACAAUCUCCACUGAAGUCCAACUCCAUGAGUAGUCCUGAGCAUCUCUCCAGGCAACAGAAGUUUCCAAGGUCGAAAUUAAGGGUCUCUAUCAAUCUCCCUGAUAAUGAGAUCUCAUUAAAGCGGAGUAGACGGUUUAGUUUGGAUGAAGAAGGUGAGGGGUCUUCGAGCAAGAGCGCAAUCAGGAGCCAGAGAGGCAAGGACGCGAUGAACUAUGAGAGCCUCCCUAGCAGUGUGACAGUUGGUAGAGAUGGCGAGAGCUGGAGGAACAGUAGAACCAUUCUGGAAGUCCUAAGAGAGGUGGAUGCAGAUAUCCUAGCUUUGCAAGAUGUCAAGGCAGAGGAAGAGAAGGGCAUGAAACCUCUCUCUGAUUUGGCUGAUGCCUUGGGAAUGAAUUAUGUUUUUGCAGAGAGCUGGGCUCCUGAGUAUGGGAAUGCUGUCCUGUCCAAGUGGCCAAUUAAAAGGUGGCAUGUUCAGAAAAUAUGUGACGAUACAGAUUUCAGGAAUGUGCUGAAGGCCACAGUUGAUGUACCCCAAGCAGGAGAAGUGAACUUCAACUGCACCCAUCUUGACCAUUUGGAUGAGAACUGGAGAAUGAAGCAGAUAAAUGCAAUAGUCCAAUCAAAUGAUGGGCCCCACAUCUUAGCAGGAGGUCUCAAUUCUCUUGAUAAAACAGAUUACUCGACAGAGAGAUGGACAGAUAUUGUAAAGUACUAUGAAGAGAUAGGAAAGCCAACUCCCAAGGUUGAUGUAAUGACGUUCUUGAAGGGGAAGCAGUAUGUAGAUGCCAAGGACUUUUCAGGGGAAUGUGAAUCUUUGGUCAUGAUUGCCAAAGGCCAAGAUGUGCAGGGGACUUGCAAGUAUGGGACACGAGUAGAUUACAUAUUGGCAUCACCUGACUCUCCAUACAAGUUUGUUCCUGGAUCAUACUCGGUCAUUUCUUCAAAAGGGACCUCUGAUCACCAUAUAGUUAAAGUUGAUAUCAUAAAGGUAGAGUGCAAUGCUCAAGAAAAUGUUGUGAUGCAACAGAGGCAACUGAAACACAAGGUAUUAAAGACGAACCCUUCUUCAUCAAGAGACAAAUAGAAAACAAAUACACAAGGCACAGAUUCUUCUAAUUUUGGUCAAGUUCCUUUUUGAGAAUGUUUGAGGUGGGGAGUCUGGAUGUAUUUGAACCUGCUUCCUUCUUCCCUUGCAUACCUUGUUUGUAAAUAAUCAUAUAUUGCAUAUAAAUUGGUUUUUAAAGAGACUAAAGAAUGGGGAGAUUCAGUUUGUAUUUUUGGUUUUCUGCAGUUGUUUAUGAGUAUGCAGUAUUCAUAAAGUUUUCUUUCCCAGAGUCCCUACUCUUUUCUUGUAACAAUAUAUCCCCAUCAAGGAACAUUAUUCAAAAUACCACAAUCUGUUAUUUGCCCA